GUUUAUCAACAAUCGGUUACCGCAAUACAAACACAAAUACGCCGGUAAAAGUGUACGAAAAUGUCAGAUAAAAAAAAUCAGAAGCCAAAAAAGUUACGGAAACGGAGUCAGGAUAAUUCUAGCACCAGCAGCAACAGCUCAGAAAGUACUUCCUCCGUGUCUUCGGACGACGAAAGCAAUGCUCAGAACUUGAAACCGAUUAAGGAUUACUUGAUAGAUCGAAGAGAACUUGCUCGUCAAUUAUUCAUCGCCGUCAAGGGGGACAAGCUUCGCAUGAUGCUCCCGCAAGUUUUGAAAAAAAUGGAACAGACCGAACUCGAAGAAUGGUGCGCCAACGAGCUGAGCGGUAUGUCCAAAGCGCGUAUCUUGUCCAUACUAAACGGCCAGCCUUUGCUCCAGUCCUCGGAUUCUAACGACACCGAUGAUUCUGGUCCUUCUUUGGAGAUAAUAUCCGACACUGAGGAAUGGGGAGAUGCGUCAGAUGUAGACGCAGUGCCUAGAGAAGAGGUGCAGGCACCGAAGAAGGGGGUCGGGUCCAAGAAAGACAAGCCAAAGUCAAAAAUGCGUUCGGAAAAGACGAGCAAAGAGAAAGCUAAACCCAGAGGCACGCAAAAGUGUAAAGUGAAAAUGGAAGGUGACCCCAAGCCGCAUAAAUCUGGGGAGGAGGUAAUCGUAAAGAAGGAAACUGAGUCCGAACAGUCCAAGGAAAAAGACGGGGAGAGUUUGCUUGAUCUUUUGGAACUGGAAAUGAGAGCUCGAGCUAUCAGAGCGUUGAUACGCAAAGAGGAAGACAUAAUUCCGACUCAUUCUACCACCGUUAUGACUACCCAGAGCAGCGUUUCGAAUUCAGGUUCAAGCUUGGCUGUGAAUUCCAAAGCAAGAGCCAGGGAUCGGAAUCUGAGCUUGAAGGUAGUCGAGGACAAGCUGCAGGAACUGGACACCAUGAUGUCUGGACAAACGAAUCAAGAAAUACCUGUCGAGGAAGAUGUUGUGCUAGUUCUUCAGCCGACUACUACCAUCGAAUUGCUGUCCAGCGAAAGCGACGGCGAAGGCGGUCAGGGAAAGCGCAGGAACCAGAGACUGGUGAACGAACGUGUACCGAAGAACGGCGCUGCCAGUUCUAAGGAGAAAAACGGUGCAGUGGAGAGCAGAAAACUGAGCGAAAGCCAGAAUCCUGUUGCAAGAGAGAAGAGCACGGCAUCGACCGAGCAAAAGGGCUCCAGCCCUGUAGCUGGAGUAGUAGAAAUUGUGGGAAAAGCGAACGACGGGAAUGCGGAGAUAUCGGUAGAAACGCCCGCGAAAAAGGUUAGCACAGAGUUGGAGACUUUCAGGAAGUUUAAAAGAAAGACGAAGGACAAUUCAGCGACGAUUGAGAGAAAUAAUCCUGUUUCGGAGACGCAAUCGUCGGAUAAAAAUGACGAUAGCGUUGCUUCCGGGGUCAAAGAAGAGACCCAGAAAGACGCGAAGGUGCCGGAAAGCUCGAGGCCUGAAAUCCAGCAGAAACGGAUGGAAGAGACCGCGGAAAUUCCGGUGACCGAGAAAACGGAGCGGAAACAGGAAGCCGUGAAUCCGCGCGAGAUCGACGAGGACAAGUCGACCGAUUUGGAGAUAGUAAUAGACCUCGACGACUAUCCGGACGACAUGGAGGAGCCGGAGCCCGGUGAGAUUCGGAAUCCCGUGCAGGUCGAGGAAAAGAAACCCGAGUCUCCGAAGGAGGAAGCAAAGAGCGAUUCCAACGCCGCGGAAACUUGGGCGACGCGUUAUUACCAAACUGAGGACGUCCAGAGCGUGAUAAAGGAGUCGAAGAUCCAGUCCGAGAUCAGGAAAAGGCUCAGAGAAAGGCAGCGACUCGCUAGGCUGAACAAUUCCCCGGGUCUGAACACUGCGCAAAAUGCGCCAAACGCCUCUGUCGUGGAGAAGAGCGGCCCUGAAAAGAGCGAGAGUCCGACUACCGGGUCUGUCGAAGAAUAUCUCGCCCUGAAACACGUUGAAACGGUGGCUCCUCGCACAGAGUCCGCGAAGAGUAAUGAGGUUGACAAAUCGGUGGAGGAUCACAUUCCCGCCGGUCGAACUGACGCUGAGAGUAUUGUUUUAGCGACGACUGAGCCAUCGGCUUCGAGUCAAGUUGAUAGGAAAUUAGAUAGCAGAACUGAAGUUAGCGAAAACCAUUGACAGUGUAGAUUUAAUAUGUCGUGAUGUACUUGAAGUUUCGAAAGAUCGAGCUUGAUCGAAAAAUCUUUCAAUGGCAAACGAAAUUGUGGAUCAGUGCAAUAGUUGGACACAGGAUUCGGAAAUUGGAUUUCUGAUCAAACUUGAUCGAUCGGAACUUUUGGUUCAAUAUUCACGUAUUAACUUAUAAUUUGUUGCACUCUGCAAUGUGUAACGUGUACAAAAUUUUAUAUCUCACAACGUUGUUGUGUUCAAUUGUCGUGUUACGGCAAUUUUUUUAUUCCAAUGUCUGAAAUUCUUGAAUCGAAAUCGGAAUUGAAAUUUCAUUUUUCUCAAAUCUCCGAAAUUCCUUGUAAACAACCUGAAGAUAUUGCAUCUGAAAAAUUCCCUCACUCCAGCAACAGCUUCCGAAUACUCGUUCUUGUUCGUGAAAAAUUUUAUGGACCACUUGUCACUGGCUAAUCCCAGUGAUUUUUUUAUCACAUAAAUUAUUGAGACGAAUUUCCGAAAACUCAAUUAGGAGGAAUCGUCGUUCGAAUUCGAAUUGACAAUUAUGUAAACUAUCUUAAUUUGCCUUUUCAAACGACGAUCAAAAUGCGAAUUUGGAAAUUCGAGUUGUUUUGAUUGCUGUAAUUACUUUCCCGUAUUCCUGUAAUGAUUAACGAGCCAAAUUUCUCCGAACCUGAGGUUUCGCGAAUUCCAUCUACCUGUGUGAUUCGUGGUUUGUAGAAUCUCUGCGUAUGUACACACGUUACAUGAUAUAUAUGCUUGGUAUAAGCGGUGAGUAUCUACCGAACUGUAAUUAAUUCGUGUGAUAAUUACAGCGGAGCUUCGGAGUUGCUAAACGUAUGUGUGUGUGUGUGUGUGUGUAUGGACGUAUUGUGUCUACUCACCCGAUUGUUUAUCUGAUAAUUAUACAGAUAUAUUCAUUAAUAACAAACCUGGGCGUGUGUAGAUAUAUACCUAGAAUAUGCCUCACGCAUAAUCAUCGGUGUAAUUGAUUACCAAGCUACGCCUUCAGAAAGGGCUUCAUAGUAUCCCUUCAGCUAUAAACUCUUUAGAGGCAUCAGUUACAUAGUCGUAAUAAAUAUGUA